AUGGACGGGGCGGCCGAGGAGCGGCGGGCGGCCGGCGGGCUCGGCGCGGGCGGCGAGUGCCAGGAUGAGAAGGAGAACAUGCUGCUGAAUCCAGAGCACCUUGUGGUGGAUGCUGAUGCUGUUGGUGAUCAUGGUGCAGGGAGCAGUGUGCUACCUGCAUUCCCAGGCACAGUCAGACAAGAAAUAGCUGAGGAUAACUUGGGAAUAGAAGACGGGAAUAGCUCUGUAAAGAAGGUGGAAGAUGAUGGGGGAUGCAGCACCCUGCAGGCAACUGGGUCAUCUUCCAAAGGCUCUGUUGUCCUUGACGGCCAGCACGACUUUGCCUCGGCGUGUGAGCAACCAUCGGAUUUCUGCAGUGACACGAAGGUUGGAUUAGCACAGGAGCCCACAGGUCAGUCAGGGUCACGAGAGCACUCUGAGAUGUGCUGCCCUGCUGGGACUGAAACGGAGGAGAAGAAGGAAAAAUCUAAGCAAGCAUCCAGUGGAGUGGCUGGAGCUCCCUGCAGGCAGGAGGAGAUCGGCCUGGCCCCUCACCAAUCCAAAGGUGCUCCAGGCAGCGCUGCAGCUCAGAAUUCCUACAAGGGCUCUUCAGUCCUGGGGUGCAGAGGCAGCUGUGAUGUGGCCAAGGGGAAAAACUCCUUACCUGUCAAGAAGAAAUCCCGCACCUUCUAUAGUGCAGAGCAACUAGGAGAGCUGGAGAAGAUGUUCCAGGAAGACCACUAUCCUGACAAUGAGAAGAGGAGAGAGAUUGCAGCUGUGGUUGGUGUGACACCACAGCGUAUCCUGGUCUGGUUUCAGAAUCGCAGAGCAAAGUGGCGGAAAUUGCAGAAGUUGAGUAUAAAAGGCAACAGAAAAUAUCCAGCAUCAUCAACUCAGUCAGUCUCCUUUGGAUCAGAGGGCUAUGGGGCACCUCCUCUGCCUGUGCCUCCACUGCCCGACGCUGCUGGAGACCAGCCUGGCGUGCUGGGAGGAGACCCUGGAGCUGGGAUCUGCUCCAGCCUGCUCAGCACACAGCCUGCAUCACCCACCUCUGCCUCAGCCUCCUCGGUGGCAGGAGUGGUGGCACCCUGUGAAACGCAAGCUCAGAGCAAGGCGCUGCCGCAGCUGCACUUCAAUCCCAGCGGCACAGCGGAGUGCUUCCCUCAUCUUCCCAGCCCUCCUCCCAUCCGCAGGGCCAGCCUGGCGCUCGGCCUGGCCUUCGACCCCGACAGCCACAUUGUCCCCCUGAUGCUGGACACGCCCGGCAGGGAAUGCAGCUUGGCCAGCCAGGAGAAUGGCUUCAGGGAUGCCUUCUCUUACGGCGUCCAGAACCAAGGCUUCAGUUCACCAGUUUCCUGCCCUUACCCGGAGCAGCUGGAGCCUGCAGACAACCUGGAGGACACCUACUGUCAGUUCAGCAGCCAGGGGGGAAUCUAUCAGCUCUCCCAGUUGUGUCACCAAGGUCACCUGGCCAGCAAUAUGUUGUCCAGUGACCACCUUCCUCCUUCAACACUCCUGGAAUCCCAUCCAGCUUUCCCCGAUUUACCUGGCAACAGUGGAGCCAUAACCUAUGGAGCCACACAAGGCUAUGUACAAAACCACACGGAGGAACCAGUCAUGCCACAGCAGCCAGGUGGCAAUUCAGCAGACAUCCCUGCCUAUCCAGAUGUGCCCUGGAGUGAUUUCUAUAUGCAGGGAGCAACUUUCUCCAACCAGAUGCAUUCCCAAAUGCCUUUUUCUAGCAUGGCAGGAGGGCAGUACUUCACAGAGCCAUAUCUCCUUCAAGUGGCCAACGGGACAGUGCUGGAAUCCAUGCCACAGACUGGAAAACAAAAGAGAGUGACACCACCAGAGCAAAGUUCCUACCAGAGCUACCAAACAGAGCCGGAGUUGGGAGCACUUGCUGAAAAAGAGGACUUUGAGAGCAGCAGCAAGAAAGGAGACACUACUGUUGGUAACCAGCUAAAUGUUUUCUUGGAGGAGGAGGAGGGGAAAGAGUUGUAA